UGUCCCUCUUCGGCUGCCGUACGCGGAUUAAAGCGUCAAAGCGACAAAAACAUUAAGUGCAACAGAGCAAGUAUGCCGCAUAAUUCCAGCACCAGACUACAGACAGAAGUGCGUAUUCUCUGACAACACAAAGGACCUUCCCGGUGAGCUUGUGUAACGUGUGUCUGAGCGAAGAGGCGCGUAAAGGACGCACAGGCCCGGAGAGUGUGUGGUGAUGGAGUCGUGGGUGAGAUUCAGCGCGCGGAGUCAAGCCAAAGAGCGCGUGUUCAGGGCUGCCCAGUACGCCUGCACACUGCUGGGUUACACGCUGCAGAAAGGAGGAGCGAGAGCCGAGCUGCUGGACACCAUCAAACAGCUGGAAGCUCACAUGAGCCUGGCCAGAAAAUUGAUGCGGUUGGGGAACUCGGCUGAAGCUCUGGAAGCAGCCAAACGCACCGUGCAUCUGUCAGACUGUGUGCUGCGGCUCUGCAUCACUGUGGCCCAUUUGAACAGAGCCAUGUAUUUUGCCUGUGAUAACGUACUGUGGGCCGGCAAAACGGGACUGCUGCCCGAACUGGACCAAAACAAAUGGAGCCAGAGGUCGUUUAGAUACUACUUGUUCGCACUCAUCCUCAAUCUAACCCGAGACGCGUAUGAAAUCCGUCUGCUGAUGGAGAGAGAGUCCCGCAGCAGUUCAGCUAAAAGCUUUACCUCCAGUCCGUUUCCCCUCACGCCGAGCCCAGAGAACGGAGGAGAGUUCCCUCUGACCCCGUCGCCCUCCUCAGUGCUGUCUCCUCUGCCGCCCCUCCCCAUGAUCUCAGCCAGACUCAACAAGCAGUUCCAGCUCCUGAUCACGGUGCUGCACAACAACCCUCCGCUGCUCCUGGACCUGCUGAAGAACCUGUGUGACGUCUUCAUCCCGCUGGACCGGCUGGGCCUGUACCCCACGGGCUCGGGCUUUGUGGGGGCCUGCGGCCUCACGUCCUCUAUCCUGUCCAUCCUCACUAUAGUUCACCCCUGGCUCAAACUCAAGCCCUGAGUCACAGGGCGAGAACUACCUGUCCUGUGGCUUUAUUUCUGAAGAGAACCUCUCUUCAGCUUGUGUAGAUAGUGGAAAGGAGAAUGUUUGUCCGUCAUUCCAGUUUAAUUUACCUGACCUGAUCUGAUUAAAAACAAACAAAAAGCCCUGUUUAACAGUAAUUUCAGUCUGUAGGCCUUAAUAGGCCUAUCUCUUAUUAUGUUGUAUUCUAGGCUCAUUUUGAGGAAAAAGUAUGUGCUUUCUGCAAAUGUAAUUUUUUAUAAUUUUUUUAAGUCUGAAAAUGUCCUAGUCUGGCCACAUUUUAAGUUAUUCCUCUCAUGUUACCCCAUAUAAUGCUGUAGUUUUCAGAAUGGGGGUGUUCAAGUGCUCUUGCAAUUCAGCACAGAACUACUUGUAAACUUACUUUCAUAAUCAUAAUUUUCUCCUGAUGGUGAAUCCCUUUAAGAAAUGCCAGGGUUACAUUUCACCCCAAAAUCAAUGGAAUAUCUCCAUAAAUGAAAUCUAAUACAACAAAUAUGUGACCUUUACAAAUGUACAUUACAAUUUAAAUAAUUGUAUUUUAGUAAUAAUAAUAAUAUAGCUUUACAAGAUUCAAAAUGUCACAGCAAAAAUAUAUAUAUAU